AUGGCGAGCAAGGCGACGGCGGCGACCUCGUGGCGGUGGCGGCUCCUGCUGCUGCUGCUCCUGGCGGUGGCAGCGCUGUGCUGGAUCCCGCCGGCGAUCGCGAUGGCGGCGGCGGCGUCCACGGCCAAGGGGGCGCGGAGGUCGCUGCUGGGGUUCGUGGAGGCGCAGGGCAACUCCUCCUACCGCUGCAGCCCCUCCGGGCCCUGCAUCCCCUGCCAGUACUCCGAGAAGAAUGAUGAUAAGUACUGCUGCAGCGAAACUGGCUACCGUUUGCCUUUGAAAUGUGUACAAGUACAAAAUGGUACAAAGGAAGGGGACAAUACCAAGCAAAGAAAGUUGUUGGGUGAAACAUCCACGCCAGGUGGCACAAAACACUAUGUUACUUACAGGAGUUGUGUACCGUUGGAGGAUGAAGAGAAGUUAUCUAUUCUUGGUUUUGAGGUUCUCAUGGCUGGUAUGUUGCUGGUAAGCGGGCCGUUUGUAUAUUUCCGGAAAAGACAGACGACCCUAAUGCAAGGGGCUUCAAGAAUCCCGACGAACCCUCCUAGGUUUUAGUUCGAAACUGUAAUGGAUUUGACCGGUUGCCAAGACGAUUUGUUGUGCCAUUUUAGUUUGCUGUUUUUCCCUUUGCCAUUGUAACACUGUAUUAACACAUGUACUGAGGAAGGUUCUUACACGAGUAAAAAACCACAGUGACUAAUCUUUGUUGUGCCUUGAAUUUUUUUGAAUCAAAACUCUUGUAUCAUAUGUAACAAAUUAUACAUUUCCUUAUUAUAACAACAGAAAUUUCCUUGAC